UCUUGGAGCAAACUGAUUUUUAGAUUCAAGCUGAGACCAAAAAAGACAGAAUAUUAAAGCUUAUAUCAUUCGAUCUAAAAAAAAUCAAUUACGAAGAUACCCGAACGUUACCCGAAUGACGUCAUUUAGUUUCGGUAAACAGCUGAUCUGAGGUCGACCUUGGAUGAAGACAAAAAGUGCCUCCGAGAUGUAGAGCGAGUAGGGCGUCUAAGUACGCUGGUGACAGUAUAAGCAGAUGGAAAAAAAUAACAAAGGCUGCUACAAGUUAUGAACUGGAAUCAAAUGCUUCAAACAAUGAGCUACCACCUUCGGGGAGCGAAGAAAAAUAAAAUCCACACCACCGAGGGGCCGGACAUGGGAGCUGCAUUUAGAAAGUCAGGGUGGAAUGCGAAAAAACCAAGAACUGAACCUGCCCAUAAUGGUCCAAUCAUAUGGGACCCUAAAAACACUUUGCCAGGAUCGUUAAGGGUAAAACCAAAACAAAAACUUUCCACCAAGUCAAAAAAAUCACAAUCCAAAGUGAAAAAAAAUGGACACAGAAAAAUAAAAUCUGAAGAGGUGUUCCCUUUCUCACAGUUGCCUAGCAACUGCAAAUUGAAAAUCUUGUCUUAUUUGGGGGAGAGUGAUCGCGGUGCUGCAGGUCAAGUGUGCCGGGAAUGGAACAUUUUGAUCAAGUCAUCAGGGAUAUGGGACACUAUUAACUUCACCACAUUCCCUUUGUGCACAAACCCAGGGAAGACGCAUGAAUGUUCGCAUGAAUGCUACCAAAAAUAUAUGACACGGGUGAAAAACUACAUGACGUACUUAGGUUAUAUCCAGCCAGCCAUGAAAAAAUUGCAGUUUGACUUUGACAUUGGAGACAAAGAGGAUGGGUGGCUAACUUGCCUAGAGCGGUUCCUGAUGAACUGUCAAGGAGAUAAACUCCUGUAUGCCCGUAUGAAUUGGAAGGAAACACCGGUGAAGCCGUUUUGUGUAGAUGGGUUUGCAUGGAGCUCUAGGGAGUACAAUGAAAUGGUACAUAGACAUCGCCACCGUCAACGAGAUUUCAUUCAGUUUCUCGAACUAUUCGUCAAUGUUGCUCCCAAUGUAAAGCAAUUAAUGGUGCCUUUUGAUUGGUCGUUCAGGUCAAUUUACUUGCUGAGUAAGUUGCAUCAGCUCGAGACAUUAAUCCUUGAAAGAUACUUUGUCUUCCACACUCUAAAUCAAAAUGCAUUAGAUGAACUGUUGCGGGUAAUGCCAAAAGUGCGAAAGCUUGUACUGGAAGUUUGGUGUCCUUCUGGGAGAGGACUAGAGCUCUAUCGUAUGAGCUCUAACUCGAUUGAAACCUUGGACAUUUCGCAAUCUCGAGGUUUCUACCUGAAAAGUGUCAACCUUCCAAAUAUGGUAUCGUUUAGGGCGACACGUCACCCAUGGAAUGGACCUCUUGUUUCACCUGAACACAUCAAUCUCCCAUGUUUGUAUAAGGUGCUUGUUCAGGGCGCCCCAAAACUCCGACAAUUCAAUGAUCUCAUCCUAACUGAAGAUUGGCGGCAGUCUUCCUGCCCAAAACUGGAAGAACUUUUAAAAACUGUGUGUUCUUGCAGAAACCACAAGCAAGGUUGGUCUAUGUAAAUUUAGAAACUUAAACUUGUAUUUUGAAUAAAUAUGUUACAAUGUGAUCUAAAUGAACAAGUUUAUUCAAAAUACAUUGGUUUGGUUUGGUUUGAGUAUUUGCUAACAGUAUGGUGAUAAUAACUUAAACAUGUGUACUUAAUUCUGCGUACUAUUCUCAUGCCCAUAUUGCAUGCCUUUACUCUUAAAAUAGCAUGGAAAAGAAUCAUCAAUGAUGAAAACAUAAACAUGUACAUUAAAGGGACAUUCCUUGUGAGCCCAUUUCUGUCUUGAUAUGGUUGUUUUAAUCAAAAAGGUAGCAAUGGGCUUGCAAGGAUGCUCUUUAAAGUCAAAACUCAUAUUUAGAAACUCCUGCAUUUGUAAAUCAAGGACUGG